AUGACAGCUACUCAGAAGCACGGCCUCUUCACCCCGGAGCCUCACUAUAUCCCCGGGUAUGCCGGCUUCUACCCGCAGCUGCGCUACCAGGUCGGGAACACCUAUGGGCGCACCACAGCACAGCUGCUCACGGACCCCAGCGUGCGCAAGAGCCCCUGCUCCGUCCUGUCCCCCAUCUCCAAGCCCAAGCCCCCGCUGGUCCCCUGCCGAGACCUGACUGAACCCUACAUCCCCCACUACACGGGUCUGCAGCCCUACAAGAACUUCGAGAUCCUGGGCCGGCUCCCGCCCCAGGAGGCAGGUGCCGAGGGGCCUCCGGCGGCACAGAACGUGUCCAGACACGUGCAGCUGCCCGCGGGCUGCAUGCCCUACUUCCCCUACCCACCGUGCCCACCAGGGAGGAAGGUGGACUCCAGAGACUGGGGACACCCCGGCCUGCGGCUGGCAUAUGGGGAAGAGGCCUGGAGGAACCCCGCGCCCCUCCAUGAGGCCGCCGGCAAGUACCAGCUGUACCACUGCAGGAGGGACGAGGACCUGCCGCGGGCCCGUCACCUGGAGACGCUCGACGUGAACAGGUUCCAGCGGCUGCCCCAGCUGGACCACCCCAACCUGAUCCAACGCAAGGCCAUCUCAGGCUAUGCUGGCUUUGUCCCGCGCUUCGCCUGGGUGAUGGGGAUGAAUUACCGUGAUGGGGUGACACAGGCCUUGGACGAGUUCGACAAGACCCAGUUCCUGUUCAGAAACCCGGUCUGUGCUGGCCAAAGGCUGCCCAGCACCCACUGGUCCAGCAGCACCAUCUACAACAGCCAAGGCAUGAUCCCUUUCUACAUGGGGUUCAUCCCCUCCAUGCAGGACAACUACGCCAUGACCUUUGGCAACAGCACCCGCAGGGCCUACCAGAAGGAAGUGCAGAGGCGGAGCCAGGCACUAUGAAAACGCUUUAAUGGCGGUGUGCGGACAGGAAGGGAGCAGGUGCAGGCAGACGGCACUGCCACAGGCGCUGAGCCAAUAAAGAGUUCACACCGCGAGCGCU